ACACUCACUGGUUCCGAAGCCCUAACGUUUCCUGGUCGCCGAUUUAUCACCAAAGAAGGCAAUUUCUUGCUUUUUCCCGAUCAACACAUGGCGGAGGAAGAUGUUAUCGCUUACCCUGUUCAGCCGUCCGAUCACAAACGCAAGCUUGAGAAUGUCGAAUCGGAGCUCCUCGAGCAACACGACGGCUCGAUUGAUCGUUCUUACGAAGUCUCUGUAGAUAUUGGCCAGAAAGCUACUGACUUUUCUCAUGCGAAGCGACCGAAGCUCGACGAUGAGGCUGCCGAUGGGUUAGGUAUUGGGAAAAAUCAAGAAAGAGGAGAAGACAAUGGUGAGGAGAGGCCUGAAGAAUCCAAGGAAGAGGGAACUAAUGAACCCACUGCGCAGGAAGUGGAGAACCAAGAUGGUAAUCCUCUAAUUGAAAAAGUUCAGGCGCCCAAUCACGCUGAGGAAUCUGAGAAUAAGAUGGAUGAUAUUGGUAAAUCCGAUGAUAACCAACCAGCUUCUGUUGAGGCUGGAACCUCCGUUGAAGAAAGUAAGGAGGUGAAUGAUACUGUUUCUCAGAAGGAAGCUGAUGACAAUAGUAAGGAAACGAAUGAAGCCAUUGUUGAGAAAGAAGUUGAAAUUGAAAGUAAGGAAGUCACUGAUGGCAGCCCUCACAAGGAAGAUGAUAACGAAACUAAGGAGGCAAUUGCUGGUGGCUCUCAGAAGGAGACUGGUGACGAGAGUAAGGAAGUGAACGGCGAUGGUUCUCAUGAAGAGACUGGCGACGGAAGUAAAGAAGUAAAUGGUGGCAGUUCUAAUAAGGAAGUUGACGACACCCAGUCCACAACUCGCCGAAUAGAUGUCCCAAGUUCAAAGGUUGGCACGCUUAUUGGUAAAGGCGGGGAGAUGGUACGGCAUCUUCAGAUCAAUUCUGGUGCCAAAAUCCAAAUUCGGAGGGAUGCAGAGGCUGAUCCAAAUUCAGCUUUAAGACCGGUGGAGUUAAUUGGAAAUCUUGCUUCUAUUGAGAAAGCAGAGAAGCUUAUCAAUCAAGUUAUAGCAGAGACUGAAUCAGGAGGUGUACCUGCCCUUUUUGCAAGGGGGGUCCCAGAACAAAUGGAAAUUAAAGUUCCAAAUGAUAAGGUUGGUGUGAUUAUUGGCCGAGGUGGGGAAACUAUCAAGAACAUGCAGACAAAGUCGAGAGCACGCAUUCAGUUAAUACCACAUGAAGAAGGUGAUGGGUCUAAGGAAAGGACUGUUCGUAUUUCUGGUGAUAAAAGGCAGAUUGAUAUUGCUACUGCGUUGAUAAAGGAUGUUAUGUACCAGGAUACAAGACCAUCACAUUAUUCUGGUGGAUAUAACCAGCCUCCUUACCAACCCCGAGGACCAGGUGGUCCACCUCAAUGGGGUUCGCGUGGUCCUCAUGGGCCACACUCAAUGCCAUACAAUUACCACCAUGGUGGACCGUACCAUUCUCCGGGCUCACAUUACAGACCUCCCAAUUCCGGCGGUUAUCCUCCACAACAUAUGCCUCCUAGAAGUGGAUAUGGUUCUGGUUGGGAACAAAGACCUCCACAUUCUGGUCCAUACGAUUAUUACGGUAGGCAAGGAGCUCAAAACUCAGGUCCUGUGCCGUCCCAUGCUGCUCCUUACUCCCAGUCAGGUGCUCCGCAAAAUUAUGGGCAGAUGUAUGAUCAGCCAAACUAUGAUAAUCCUCCUAUGCAGCAAUCUUAUGGAGGAUAUGGAGGCUCCCAACAGGGCUAUCCCCCGGCAGGCGGUCAACACCAAAUGCAGCAACCAGCUAGACCUUACGGGAUGCAGGGAUCAGUUGAGCAAGGAUAUGGGCCUCCAAGGCCAGCAGCACCUUCUGGUGAUGUGCCUUACCAAGGUCCAACUCAAGCAGCACCAUCGUAUGGUUCAAACAUGGCUCCACAACAGCAAUAUGGCUAUGCAUCAAAUGCGCCUGUUCAGCAAACUUACCCUUCAUACAGCUCUGCAGCACCGUCUGAUGGUUAUAAUGGUACACAAGCACCACCAGUUGCCCCAGCUUAUGAGCAGCACAGUGUUCAGCCAACUUCUGGUGUGCAGCAGCAAACUUCAGCUGGGUACGGGCAAGUACCUCCAACCGGUGGUUAUAGUUCAUAUCCCUCUACACAGCCGGCUUAUGGUAAUGCACCGGCUCAGAGCAAUGGAAACUAUGGAUACGGCUCUCAAUAUCCUAGCUAUGGAGGUGGAAACGCAUCAGCAUAUUCUGCACCUGUUGGCCAAACCGCGUAUCCUCAGACUGCACCUGCUCAGGCCGGCUAUGAGCAAUCUGCAACUCAAUCAGCAGGCUAUGCAGCUGCUCCUGGAACAGCACAGUGAAUUAGUCCUACCCUCAAAUCAGUACGAUGCAGACCAGGCUUAUGAUGCGCCUCGCUAGAAGAUCAUAAGUGUGCAAGGUUAGUAGACUUGCAUGCCUAAACUGCUCGUCCGGUUUUAGACAGUCUCAGUAGUUCCCCAGGUCUUUGAUGUGCCUUCUUAUUAUCAUUGGAUCUAAACCUGUAUGACUCCUCCGUUACAUUUUGCACCGUCAUCUGAGUACACAUUAAUUUGUUCUUCUUCUU